UUUAAACAUUUUCUAUAUUGCAGUCAAGGCUGGACAACAACAAUUAUUCUAAAGUGCAACCAGACAAGAAAAGGUGUUGAUGAUGGAAAUUUUUCAAUCAUAGAAGACACUAGCAAUCCGGUUUUCCAACUCGAACACAAAUGUUGCUGUCCUGAUGCCUGCUCUGAUGGUGACCCUACUGCCCUACGAUAUUGUCGGGGAGGUUCUUGGCGGAUUCGUGGGGUUUGURUUAAUAGUCGUUGGCAUUGCAUUUUAUUGCCGUCGAAGAAACAGACGUGACGAACAUAACAGACCGCUCAUCAUUGAUCGACCCAGUUACCGUGCUGUAGAAAAUCGAGAUCCUGGCAUUGAGGCUCCUGAUCCCGACGAUGAUGCUUCAGAUAACGACGAUGAUGCUUCAGAUAACGACGAUGAUGCUUCAGAUAACGACGUUGAUGCUUCAGAUAACGACGUUGAUGCUUCAGAUAACGACGUUGAUGCUUCAGAUAACGACGUUUAUGUUUCAGAUAACGACGUUGAUGCUUCGGAUAACGAAGUUGAGGCUCCAAAUGCCGACGAUGAGGCUCCAAAUCUUGACGACGAGGCUCCAGAUCUUGACAGUGAGGCUUCAGAUAUUGGCAGUGAGGCUCCAGAUCUUGGCGGUGAGGCUCCAGAUCUUGGCGGUGAGGCUCCAGAUAUUGGCGGUGAGGCUCCAGUCCCUGACAUUGGGGCUCCCGAUCCUGACGAUAGGACUCCAGAUCCCGAAGAUGAGGCAAGAGAACCCGGCAGUGUGGCUUCAGAUCCCGACGUUGGGGUUCCAGUUCCUGAGGUUGGUGCUCCAGAUCACGAUGGUGAAGCUUCAGUCCCCGAGGAUCAUGUAUCAGUAUCAAUUCAUGCUGAUAGUAAUAUGAGAGGGGAAAGCCCUCAUAUUGCUGAUGUUAUCCCUCGCAUAUCCGAUGAAGAUCUUUCAUACCCUAUUGCAGUACAGUCUAACCCUGAAGAUCAAUGCUGUGAAGAAGAACCUAGUGAGCCCGCUGUACAGUCACAGAGGCAACCAGUAGAACACAGUCUAGAGUCAACUUUGUGAUUUAGAACCGUGAGAAAUUGUAUAAACCUUUUUCUUCGUAUUUGAUGGCGACCAUUUAUAUUCAAUAAUUUAUAAUAUCAAAUGAUGUCACUCAAUUUAGAGGUUUGGCACUACCAUGUGAUGGCAUCCAUGACAGGAGGCAGGAACAUUUGAAUCUAGUCUAAUCUGAUUUACAUGAGAAAUAAUUCAGUUUACCAGGGGAAAAAGGCUAUUGUUGUGGCUCCUUCCAUGGCUGCUGUCACGUGAUGGUGCAAACCCUUUAUUGGAGCUAUUAACUGAUCACGUGUACAUCUCCUGAUGUUAUGGCAUCUUUGUUCUCCAUGUGUAGCUCGGCUCCAUUGUAUCAUAAACUGAGAACAAAUUUGUAUUCUUGGGGUGCAACCACAUGACUCAAAAUCCGUUGAGAUAUAAAUAAAAAUGAAAAAGCCGC